UCACAGGAUUUGGCAUAGGCAGGGUUUCCUUUAUGUUCUUUAGAUUGAGCAGGAAAAAGCUUCACCAGCACAGACUGCUUGGUAUGGUACCCAGUGUUCCAUACCAUUGAUCGGUGGCCUUUUGACCUGGAAUACACCCAGCAGCCAUGACAACAUCUGGUCCCAGGGCCUGCUUUAUUCUCACCCUGCAUGUCGUCAUUUUUCUCUCACUGCUGUUCUACAACAGCUUCUUGACCCACCGCGAGCUGCAGAGUUACCCCAACGGUGCUCAUGGAGACAUCAGGAUUCUGGUGUGGCACUGGCCUUUUGGCCGCUCCUACAGUCUGGACGGGAACAAAUGCCUCAAGAUGUAUAACAUCAGCCGUUGUUUACUCACUAAUGACAGAGCUGACUUCUCUGCUGCCGACGUGGUUGUGUUCCACCACUAUGAGCUGAGCAGAGGUCUUUCAUCUGUGCCCCUACACCUGGAUCGACCUGCGUCUCAGCACUGGGUGUGGAUGUCCUUGGAACCUCCUGUCAAUAAUGUGAAACUCACACAUUUCAACGGCCUCUUUAACUGGACGAUGAGCUACAGGCGUGAUGCAGACAUAUCCAUUCCUUAUGGGCAAACAAUGCUGGGAGGUGAUAAUCUAAGUUUUCCAGCUGCUCCAAAUCGCUCCUGCUUUGCCAGCUGGGUGGUCAGCAAAUACAAGCCUCAACAGACUCGGGCUGCUUUUUAUCAAAGACUAAAGAAGCAUAUCCCCAUAGAGGUGUAUGGCAGGUGGAACAAGAAACCCUUGCCAGACAAGAAGCUUUUGCCCACCAUUUCAAACUGUCUGUUCUACCUUUCUUUUGAGAACUCUGAGAAAAAAGACUACAUCAGUGAGAAACUCUGGAGGAACGCUUUUCAAGCAGGGGCUGUACCAGUGGUUCUCGGCCCCAACAAGGCCACCUACGAAGCCAUGACCCCCCCACAUUCCUUUAUCCAUGUAGCUGAUUUCAAUAGCCCAGCUGAUCUGGCAACAUAUCUGAAGAUUUUGUCUGCAGACAGGCAGGCCUAUGAGAAAUACUUGGAGUGGCACAACACCUACCGAAUUAAAACCUACAGUGACUGGAGAGAAAGGCUGUGUCAGAUCUGUGUCAGGUAUCCCAGUUUACCAGCCAGGAAAGUCUACCACGACCUGGACAGCUGGGUGAACAGCUAGUGUCUGAUUUAUUCACCAAAGGUUUCAGACUGCGGAUUCUGCUGAGUUUCCACAUGCAAAUGUAAAAUGCAGAACACUUGAAGUACAGUGGAAGAGAAUUUGCUGCACAGUCAGUUAAUUUUGGUAAACGGUGAGAAACUGCAAGUUGAAGCAGGUGGGUAGGUUGCUAAUAAUCACGUUACACAUGUGCGAACUACAGGUAAACAUGUGCCACUGAACAAGAAGCACGGUUUUUGUUAGUACUGACUGCUAGUGUGCAGUAUCGUCUCAAAGGACAUGAGCGAUGGCAGAUACACACUACAGAUACAUUUCAUUACAUGGUACCAGACUGAAAUAAUAAUUCAGGGCUCCAUGCUGGGCCAGUGUUUUAUUUAGGGCUAUUCUUUGUGAGCAGUAGCAGAUAUUCUCCUGCCACUGCUGGACAUUUCUCUGCUGUUUAUCAGAAUAUUGGUGCCCCUUCCUUGGAAGGCGCAUUAACAUUUGCUUACUUUGUUCAAUGCCACUUGUUCAAAUGUUCUUGAUGUUCCUUAGUGCACUAGACCUAAAACUGAUCGCUGGUUACACGAUGUCACUCGGGCCUCAGAAGGACGUGCAGGAAAGCGGAAAGAAAAUGGAAAAAGGAUCAACUCCAGAUUUCCUUUCAUAUGUUAGGAGGAGCCCUGUUUCUUUAUCAGGAUGCUGUUCGAAAAGCAAAACUAAGUAUUUAUCAGAUAUCAUCUCUAACUACAGCUACACGCCCUGUGUCUUAUUCAACAUCAUUAAUUCUGUUGUCAACUCUCCACUCACCACACAUUCACCCAUUUCCCCAAAAACAAUCAGUUCUGUCUCUAAACUCCCCUUCCUGUCCAAAAUCCUGGAAAAAGCUCCAGGCAUUUCUGAAAAUUAAUGACAUCUCAGAAACAUUCAGCCUGGUUUUAAAGCGCUACAUAGCACUGAGCUUGUGCUUUUAAACGUUUUUAAUGAUCUUUUAUUAAUUGCUGACUCUGGUAACUCUGCUAUUUUAGUGCUUUUAGAUCUAAGUGCGGCAUUUGAUACAGUGGAUCAUGGGAUUCUCUUAUCAUGACUGGAGAGCUGUGUGGGUAUUAAAGGAACUGCAUGGUUCAGAUCUUAUUUAACUGAUAGAAGUUUUUCUGUCAGGUUUGGUGGCUCUUCAUCCACAUGAUGAAGGCUCUAAAAGUUUUGCUAGACGGCCUUGCCCAUAUGGAAAAGAAAUAGUAAAAACUUACAUGAUGUACUCAUGAAAGUGGCCACUUUCUCAUUACUUUCAUAUAUUGUUCCAGUAAGU